AUGACGCAGUGGGAUGAUGUAAUGGAGAACGCGAUGGAUAUGCGUAUAUUUCGAAGCCGCCUGGAUCAUGUCAGCGAGCUAUGUAACAUCCCCCAGCCUGCCACCGCUUAUGAUCACUUAAGGACAUCACUAAUAGAACAUGGGUCAAGGAUAGGAGAGUACCAGGUGGAGACCUUCAAGAGAGUGGCAGUGCCUCUCUGGCCCUUCCCUUGUCCUAAGCCUCAGCGAGGACACACCCGUCAGCCAAAUGUGACCUUGUCAGCCAAACGUGACCUUGCAUUCCGCUGCUUUCGAGAAUGCCUCAGGGCAGAGGUUCCAAAACCUUCUCACAGUUUCCUGCGGCCCACGUGGGCGAACAGUGAGGUCGACGCUGCCAGGAUCGCUGCAGUCGUAGCCUCGGACAUCUCCGAAGACCCGACGUCUGUCCGAGGAGAUGAAGUAACACUGUGUACACCUGAGGAGUGUGAUCCUGUACCCGUGAGCAUCCACCGCAUGCCCAUGGGUGCCAGUUUUGCUUUCUCCCGGCAAGGUACCUAUUUAUUGGGGGAUCCCAAUAAACGAGACGAACGUGUAACGGGUGGCUUGCUGGUGAUUGCCAUGAACAAGCACCGAGAGAUUUGUACUAGCCAGUCCUGUGGUGGGAGAACGCUGCUGAAACAUCAACUCCUGAGAUACAGUAAAACAGCUGGUGUGAAAGGACUAGAAAUUACAGAGCUAAUACAGAAGGCUUUGGAGAAUGACUGGAAAGCUCAGAAAGAAGGUGGAAGGUUAGGCUUUGCAGGGCCUAUAGGAAAUCAAAGAAUCACAGCAUUUAAAGUAGAAAAGGCCGCUAUUGAUACCUCUAAUGUGGAAGAGAAAGCAGAAGAAAUUAUUGCUGAAGCUGAACCUCCUUCAGAAGUUGUUUCUAAACCUGUGCUUUGGACUCCUGGAACUGCUCAAAUUGGAGAGGGAAUGGAAGACGCCUGGGGUGAUGAUGAAAACUUUGAGAGGGAAGAGAAGAAUGGCGGUGCCGGCCAUGAAGCUAUCAUGCUUAACAGUAUAAAAAGGGACACUGAAAUAGAAGUCUCCAAUACUAGAAGCCAAGAUGCCCCUGCUGUACUCUCAGAAAAAGAAAUGAUCGUUUCAGAACCAGCCAAGAAUCCAAAGAAAAUAAGAACAGAAACCAUCAGUGCAAAACCAGAAAAGCCACCAAGUAAAAAGCUAGUGAAAAUGAGAAAAGAGAAGAGAGCGGCUAACCGAAGCACACAUAGUUGUAUAUUUGGUCAUAUAACUAUUAAGAGGAUGUUUAUUCAGUGCUAAGAAAACCACUUAAAUAUGCAUGUC